ACCCCGCGGCGGCGCCUCCGCUUCCCGGGCCAGUCCGAAGCCUCGGCUGACCCUCCGGCCGCUCCUCCUCCUCCUCCUCCUCUUCCUCCCCAGCCUUGGGGGUCGCGAUGGGCGCGCAGGGCUCGCAGGAGCCGCGGCCGGUGCCGGAGCAGGAGGCGAUCCUGGCUGAGACCGGCUUUUCCGAAGCCAGUCUGGUCCGGCUCUACCAGCGCUUCCAGGCCUUGGACAGGGACGACAAGGGCUAUCUGAACCGAUGCGAUCUGGAAGGGAUCGGCAAGUUGGCCGUGAAUCCUAUCGGAGACCGUAUCAUCAACGCCUUCUUCCCGGAUGGGGGUGAGGAAGCGGACUUCCGCUCCUUUGCUCGCGUGCUCGCUCACUUCCGGCCACUGGAGGCCCCUGGGAACCCCGAGGACAUCAACAGUCACCUUAGCAAGCUGAAAUUUGCUUUUCAGUUAUACGACCAAGAUAAGGACGGCAAGAUCUCACGGGCUGAAAUGCUGCAGGUCUUGAGAAUGAUGGUGGGCCUCCAGGUGACCAACGACCAGCUGGAGAACAUCACGGACCGGACCAUCCAGGAGGCCGACAGAGACGGAGACAACGCCAUCUCCUUUGAGGAGUUCGCCAAGUCGGUGGAAAAGCUGAAUAUUGAGGGGAAGAUGAGCCUCCGAAUCCUGAAAUGAGGUCCCCCCAAAAAAGGAUUUUAAUGGUGAAGGGCGAGGAAUCGGAUCUGAUCUCUUGUGGGUUCCUGAGUGUGCACAGAAAGCUUGUUUCAGAGAUGCGACCCACGAGUUCGGACAACUGACGCUUCCAGCUUGGCCUGCUGACUUAGGAAUUAAGAGAACUGUGAUCCAAAAAAAUAAGCCAUUUGAGGUGCUUCAUGGUAAUCCUCGACUUACGACCAUUCGUUUAGUGUCUGUUCGAAGUUACAACGGCAUUGAAAUAAAAUUUUUCCCCACUCACAGCAAUCCCCAGGAUCACCUGAUCGAACUCAGGCGCUUGGUGACUGAUUCGUGUUUACGACGGUUGAAGAGUCCUAGGGGGUCACGUUAUCCUCUUUGGCCACCAGCAAAGUCAAUGGGGGGGGGAGCCAGAUUCGCUUAGCGACCGUGUGUCUGCCUUAACAACUGCAGGGAUUCACUUAACAGCUGUGGGACUCAAUUUAACCCCCGCAGCAAUCCGGUUAACAACUGUGACCAGAACAUUUUGCAAAAAUCCAUUUCACAACUGUCUUGCUUAUUAGCAAAGGGAAAUUUGGCGCUCGAUCGUGGUCGUAAGUCAAGGACUAGCCGUGUUUUGUGUGUGUGCGUGUAGGGCAGGCGCUUGGGUCUGCUUCACAUAAUGGGAAAGCUGUGCUGAAUGGAUGACUUGUGCAGAAGUAUAGAAUAGAAUAGAGCUUGAAGGGACCCUGGAGGUCUUCUAGUCCAACCCCCUGCUCAAGUAGGAAACCCCACGCCAUUUCAGACAAGUGGUUGUCCAAUCUCUUCUGGAUUGGAUGUUCUGGAUGUUUUGCAAUGGAUCCAGGAAAUAAAAAGUGCAUGAAAGGAAUUCCACAAUUUACAACAACUUGUUUCGCGACGGAUGAAAGUUAAAACAGCCAGUCCUCCUCCUUAUGACCAUCGCAGGAUCCUGGAGCAUGUGGUCACUACUUGUGACUUUCCCAGCCACUUCAGACAAGCAAAAUCAGGGGGGGGGGAAAUGGCCACUAAGUGAGGCCUGCAAAAUUCCGUGCAAGACUUGAACCGUUAUGCAGAUUAAUUAAAUGCUUCAUUAGCCUGGA